GCGCGUGCCCUGUGGUCGGUUGUUACCACCCUGGGCGCAGAGGCCCACCUUUCCCUUUCAGCACAAAUGUCUGUUUGUACUGGGGCAGUGCUGUUGUCUGGAGAGUUUACUGGCUUCUUCCAAAGAAGUUUAGGAGACUCGGACUUUACAACUUUCUCAGGCAAAUAGAUUCUCACCUUACAGCCUGCCUUCUCAAAGUCAAGCCACCCAGCGAGCCAACUUACAACAGCGUCAGCAGGUUUGCACAUUUCCUGGAGUGAGCCUUUCUGAUUAGAUUUUGUUGCUCUAACUCUUCCUUGAGGGAAUCCAGAUCCUCCUUGAGAGCAAAGUGCAUUUCCAUCAAGCCAACACGGCAUCCAGUCCAGGCCCUGCCUCCAAGAUGACGAAAGCUCGGAGAGGAUAACGGAUCCUGCAGCAGCACAGGAGGUACUGAAUUUUGCACAUGUAAUUUGGAAACUAAACCAGCCAUAAAGAUGAAACGGGCACAGCCCCUAUCAACCAUUAAUAAAAAAUUGACAAGUGUUCCAGAAUUACCUUAUAAAAAAGGACUUCUCAACUCAACACCUAAGCCAAAAGAAAAACGUAAUGCCAAGUCACAAUAUGAGAAGAUCGAACCAAUGGUCCUACGGUCGCCACCCACAGGAGAAUCAAUUGUACGUUAUGCCUUGCCAAUACCAUCAAGUAAGACAAAGGAUUUAAUAGCAGAAGAUGAAAUGGUCAGGAAGAUUACCAAACACCUGAAGAUGGUUGUUAGUGCUUUGGAAGAUACAUAUGGAACUGUCGACGAAGAUGGAGAGCAAAUACUGACGAAACCCAAGGAUGAAGGGGUAUCUUUAUCUCUUGGUGCUGAUAUGAAUGCGUUCUUGCUGUGCUGUUCACAGUUUGCAGCUCAGAUGGAGGAAGCAGUUAAGGAAGAACGUAACAUUUUGGAGUCUCUUUUCAAGUGGUUUCAGCAACAAGUCAACCAAAUGGAGGAGAUAGGUAAAGACCAAAGCAUUUUAGAAGGAGAUUUCCCAACAGAUGAUAAAACGCUCAAAUUAAACAUCGCACAAAUAGCAAAUCUGUUACAUAGAGUUGAAGAUCUGAAAACUCGUUUGAGAGGGCGUAAGGGAUCCUUGAUGUUUAAACAAAUGGAAAAAGACACUCUCCCAGGUUCAGCAAAAAGUUACGAAGCUAUAGAGAACCAAAUCGAAGAAUUCAUAAAAACUCACUCAGUUUAUGAAUCUCAAGUUGCUUCUGAAACUGAGCCAGAAGCUCCUUAUUCAGUGACUACACGGAUGAAGAUGAUGAUGAGAAUAUUUGAAAAUCAGACAAAUAUGUUAGAGAAAGCUUUAAAUGAUCAGAGUAUAGUUGAGACUAAAUAUAAGCAGAUGGAAACUGAUUUUCAGAUGUUAUUAUUGGAGAAAACCCUACUGGAAAAGGAAAUACAGAGGAUGAAAGAGCCAGAGAAAGCAAAGCCGACAAGUAAAGAAGAUCGAGCCAAAAAAUUCACAAGACCAGAAAAGAAAAAAGAUAAAGAUUCAGAAAGGAAGUUGUCUCCAACCAAAGAAAUGGAACUGGUUCAAAUCCAAAAAGAAGCAGAAGCACUGAAGAUGGAGAAGAAAGCCCUUCAGGAGCAACUGAAAUGGGCUUUGCAGGAAGCUGAGAGAAACAAGAAUCAACUCGAGUACAUCCUACACCAUGAGAUGGAGGUGCUUAAAGAAGAGCAGAGUAAGACGAAAGUGGAACGGGGUUUGAGUAGAUCGAGGAGUGGGCGUGAGGAUUCCAAACAUUCCCUGUUUGUGGAGAAAGAUGCCCAGUUGGGUGGACAACAGCAGAUCUAUGACCAGGUGCCACCUGAGAAAAGCAAAAGCUUGGAGAAGACAGACACUAGCGCUCCUGUUGUAGACCCUUUAGAGGGUUACGGUGGUGUCCCAGGCGUGCCAGCAUUCCCACCAGAGAUCUUUAAGUCAUUUACAGCAAUGCCUCUCAUUGAAGAGUACCUAGAAUCAGACUCGCCCCCACCGAAGGAAACGGAGAUGUGGUCCCUGGUGUCCUUUCCUAAUCUCGCUGAAGAAAUGGAGAAGGCUGAAGUUUCAGAACAUGUCCUGUCUCACACAGAAGCAGAACAAGUUGAAGUGUCUUAUAAAAUGUCAAGUGAAAUUCCUGCACCAGAAAAUUUGCUACAAGAAGCCCAAGUAACUACAGUGAAGCAACUCUAUGGCCAAGGGAGACGCAAACCACUUUUUAUCACUGCAAAACCACCUGAACACUUGAGUUUAAUUUCAAGAACGCAAUCUGAAAUUGAGAAUCUUGAAGCCACCAGAUACGAGAAUGUGAUCAAUGACUAUGAAGAACAAGAUAAAAAGUUUGGCAGCGAAGAUUCAGUAGCAGACAUAAAACCAAAACAAAAGAGUUCUAAGACUGAGAGAUUAUAUACUCAUGAGGAGGAAUCAGAAAGGAUGGUCUAUGAAGAGGCAGCAAAAGCCAAAGUUUCAGCAAAGAAACCAGAUGCUUCUAAAGGAAAGGAACUUGCUCCUCAUGAAGCAGAUGAUGGAGCACUCAGCCCUGAGAGUCAAGGUUCGGUAUCAAAAGGAGACGAGCAAACAAAGAAACAGAGAAUUUACAAAAGAGAAAGACUCCCUGUCUCUCAUGAAGUGCCAGACAAAAGUUUUGAACAUCAAGACAACGAGUUGAAAUUUGAGAUCCAGGCAAAGAAGCUAAAAUUUUUCAAACCGGAAAGUGUUCAAAGUGAAGUAUCAGAUAAGAACAUUAAACUGGAAGAUCAAAAAGCACAGUCAAGCUCCCAAGUCCAGUUAAAGAAACAAAAAUCACUGGGAGGGGAAAUAUUUACUAUUCAUUUUGCAGUACCGGAUGAUAUCUCUGCUCAUUUGCAUCAAGAGUCCUCAUUAAAAUUCCAGGCCCAAGCAGAGAGAGGAACAACUUCUGAGGAUGCGCGAUUCAGCCCCGUUCCUGUAGAAUACCAGAAAAAGGAUGUAUCAGUGGACAAUAUAUUUCCUGAGAAGAAACUUCUUAUAACCAGAAGCCCGACUCAGAUCAAGAAGUAUGCCUCUCCUCAGGAGGAAAGUGCAGAGAGUGAAAAUGUGAUCAGAGUCUUUACAAAUGAAGACCUAAAAUUACAAUCCAUGGAUCAAGUAGGACAGAAAGCUGAGACCAAAUCCGUCACAGACUUUCAGAAGACAUCCGAACCACUAAAAACACUAAACCCAAUUAUUAGUGAGAUCAUAUUUCGCUUGGAUAUGGACAAAGUGGUUGAGAAUGACCUACAAAACUUGAAGGAGGCCUUUGAACGUCAUUUAUUAAAAAGUGAAUUCAAGGCACGCUCCAAGACUGGACUUGAGUUAAAAGGGAUACCUUCAAGAUCCCAACCAAAGGAACCACUGAAAAUGGGAUUGAGAAAGCAGGAUGACGACCUAAAUAUUAUUAAAGGAACAAAACUACUGGCGACACUGAGAGACCAACACAAUAUGAGUUUCUCUCCAAGGGAAGAUAUUACUCCAGGCGUGAGUUCAAUGAAAACCAAACCUCAGGAAAAUGUUAAUGCCAAGUACCACCCACCAAAGACAUUUCCAACAAAAGUGAUCAAUCUAUUACCCUUCACCAAUCAAGAGGAAAAUGUGGAAAACUCUACACCGUAUGAGAACGUAAUUCCAAAGCCAUUUUAUAGGACAUCCAGGGGAAGUUCCGGCUUACCCACAACCUUCCAGCAAUUACUAAACAGAAGGACUUCAGGGGCUCCGAAACAACAGGAUGUAAACAAGCCAAAGACUGAACUUGAAAAUCAGAUGCAUAUUUUGGUCACAUCUCCAAAGAAAUACCUGCAUAAAGGGACAUCUAAAACACGAAAGUUAAGGAAAAAAGGAGCUGAGUCUCGAAGUAACCUACGCACUUCGACAUCGUCCACCAAGAAGCAGAAGCUUAAAGGUAAAGGAGUCACUGUAUUCCAGCAUAACCCUGUAACGUCAUUUGAAAGAAGUGAUGAACUUCCAAACAAUAUGAAGACGCUUGACUCCAUUCCAAAAAUCAAAGUCCUUAAAGAGCUGUCUAAAACUUCACUUUCAAAUAACCUGAGAAAGUCAAGGUCUGCUGCAAAGAAACUUGGGACUGAAGAGCAACCUGUGAACUUAAAUGACGAAGAUGCCAUAGUUUACUAUAAUUUGCGUGGUUCGACCUCUGCCACAAACAAACACCUCACUGCAGAGCUGUCUAAAACGACUCAUUUCUACGAUGAAGUCAGUCAACGUUCCAGUGCUGUGUACAUGUCCAUGUCUGCUAUAAGGAAACGUAAGACCAAAGAGACAUCUAAAACGACAAAUUUAGAGAAGGGAUAUGAUGAAGUUGAAACUGAUCUGCAGAUACCAAAUUUGGCUGCUACAAUAAAUGAGCUGAAAGAGCCACGUAAACCCAGUGACUUAGAUGAGAAUGCUGGUGAAGAGACAAAUCUCCUGCACAUGUCAACCUCCACUUUAAUGAGAUAUUUGCUUAAAGAGUCAUCUAAAACUAGCAGCUUCAAGAAGCAAGUAGUCAAAGGAUCAAGCCUUCUGCACAAAUCAACUUCUUCUGUGAAGAAGCAUUUGCACAAAGAUAAGUCCAAGACUAAAACGUUAGGCAAGAACGUUGGUGAAGGCACAUCUAUGCUGCGUACGUCUGCCACUGCUAAGAAGAAGCGCGUACUCGGAGAUCCCUCUGAAACCAGAACUUUAGAGAUGCAGAUGAUUAAGGGGACAAGUAUUCUGCGCAAGUCAGCCUCUGCCUCGAGGAAACGCGGGCCCAAAGGUCUGUCCAAGCCUACAAAGAUAGGCGGUAAAGGCACUCAACUUCCAAGUAGUCUUCACAUUUCAAAUUUGACUUCCAAGAAGAAUGUGCUUAAAGGGCAACCUAAACCUACAACAUUAGACAAGAAAGGUGUUAACCGUCUAAAUAAUCUGGUUCCUUCAACACCUGCCUCCAGUAAGGGCGGCCUUAAAGAGCAAAAUAAGUCUGUAAAUGUGGACAAGAAAGUUGCUGAUGGUCCUUAUAGUCUGAACACUUCAACAUCCUCCAUAAAGAAACAGAUGCCGAAAGGGCAGCUUAAACCUACAACAUUAAACAAGAAAGGUGUUGACCUUCUAAAUAAUUUGGUUCCUUUAACAUCUAUCUCCAGUAAGGGCGGCCUUAAAGGACAGCCUAAGUUUGAAAAAUCAGAUGAAAAGAAUUUUAAACUUCUAGAUAAUUCGCAACCUUCUGCCUCUGUUACAAGGAAGCAUCUCCUUAAAGAAUUAAGUACCAUUCUGUGAAAGUGUGCCACACAUUCAUACUUAAGAGAAAGAAUCCCAAGAGUGAACACCAGGAAGUUCAAGGACACAGUGAGGCAAGGAGCCACUGGGAACCCAUGUGUGGGAAGCCCUGUGCGCGGACCUGCACACAGAACAGCAGUGCAGAAGGCCCGUGACGGACGGGCAGGACCAGAUCGUGAGAGUCCUUCAGAGGCAGCAGAACUUCUUGUCACUCUUUGAAACAUUGAAGCAGCUUUGAAACACUGAAACAGUCUCUAAGAUGGCCCUCUUGGUGCUGGCUUCCAACUUGGGCUUCCUAGCUAAGAUCCUUGCAGUACCUUCUGGUGUGGUGUAAAAGCAAUUAAACGACAUUUGUGCUC